CUGGCUCUCUCUCGGCUGCCGCCCAGCUCCGCGCUCCCUCCGUCUGUCUGGCUCUGCAGCCGCCGCCACCGUCGCCGCCGCCGCCGCUGCCCUUCGGUCCCCUCUAGUCCCGGCUCGGCCCGGGGCCCCCUCCCCUCCCCGCCGCCGCCAUGAGCACCAGCCUCCGCUACAAGAGCAAGCUGGUGAACCCAGUGGAGGAGAAGCAGGACCACGACAAGCAGUAUGUGGGCUUUGCCACGCUUCCCAACCAGGUCCAUCGCAAGUCGGUAAAGAAGGGAUUUGACUUCACGCUCAUGGUCGCCGGGGAGUCAGGCCUGGGGAAGUCCACCCUGGUGAACAGCCUCUUCCUGACUGACCUCUACAAGGACCGAAAGCUGCUCAAUGCGGAGGAGAGAAUCAACCAGACAGUGGAGAUCUUGAAGCACACAGUAGACAUCGAGGAGAAGGGUGUGAAGCUAAAGCUGACUAUUGUGGACACACCGGGCUUUGGGGAUGCCGUUAACAACACCCAGUGCUGGAAACCCAUCACAGACUAUGUCGACCAACAGUUUGAGCAGUACUUCCGAGAUGAGAGUGGCCUCAAUCGCAAGAACAUUCAGGACAACCGAGUCCACUGUUGCCUCUACUUCAUUUCUCCCUUCGGGCAUGGGCUGCGGCCGGUGGACGUGGAAUUCAUGAAGGCCCUUCAUGAAAAAGUGAAUAUCGUCCCCCUUAUCGCCAAGGCUGAUUGCCUCGUCCCAGGAGAGAUCCGAAAGCUGAAGGAGCGGAUCCGGGAGGAGAUUGACAAGUUUGGGAUCAAGGUGUAUCAGUUCCCAGAGUGUGACUCGGAUGAGGACGAGGAGUUCAAGCAGCAGGACCGAGAGUUAAAAGAGAGUGCGCCCUUCGCUGUCAUAGGCAGCAAUACUGUGGUGGAGGCCAAGGGCCAGCGAGUCCGGGGGAGGCUCUAUCCCUGGGGCAUCGUAGAAGUGGAGAACCAGGCACACUGCGAUUUUGUGAAGCUUCGGAACAUGCUGAUCCGGACACACAUGCACGACCUGAAGGAUGUGACCUGUGACGUGCACUAUGAGAAUUACCGGGCCCACUGCAUCCAGCAGAUGACCAGCAAACUAACCCAGGACAACCGAAUUGAGAGCCCCAUCCCCAUUCUGCCUGUGCCCACCCCAGACACAGAGACAGAGAAGCUGAUUAAGAUGAAGGAUGAAGAGCUAAGGCGGAUGCAGGAGAUGCUACAGAAGAUGAAACAGCAAAUGCAGGAUCAGUGAUGCUGGGGCUGACUCAGGGCCCCCACCCCAAGAAACUUCUCCUCCAACUCCCUCCACCGGGGGAGGAGGCCAGGCCCCCCUGCUGUCUAGGGGUUCUCCCAUGAGGGAGCCCCCUAGCCAGCCCCUAAUUUAUUCUCAGCCUGUGCCGGCCGGCCCAGAAUAGGGUCAGGCACCCCCUGUGUGACUCAGGCCUCCUGGGCUAGGCACCGCCCCCUCUGAGGCUGCGCUGGCAAGGAACAGGACAGGGGCUGGGGAACUAGCCUCCCUCCCCCGGCCCCUCUCCCAUCUCAGGGUCUGAGGCCUCGCCAGCCAUGCCUCGGACCUAGACCCAACUCCACGUGCCUCCCCUGCCUCUUGAGGACCAAGGCCCGCUCCGGGGCCAGAGGAAGUCUUGCCUCGACUCCCUAUCUCCCGGGACCGAGGCUCCCUGCAGCCUUGGGGCAGAGAGUGGCCAGGCUCUCACCCCCUCCCCCAUUUCCUUUCUCCCCUUUUUCCUCCUAGGCCCCCCCUUCUCCCCCCUGCUGGGAAGGGGGGGGAACUAUGGUGCAGGCAGAUAAGGGCUAUGUGGUUCCCCCUGUCCCCUCCCUGACCUAGCCAGCCCUGCCUAUUUGGGGAGGGGAAGGGCCAGAAGACAGAGAGGAUCAUGGGAAUUAUUGUCAGGAGAGACCUCCGGGACCUUCUGGCCUAUGCCCCCCACGUACAAAUGAGGUGUCACAGUGCCCAGAGCGCUGGGUCUGGAGUCAGCCAGACCUGAGUUCAAAUGCUGAUGCAGAAACGUAUUAUUUGGGUGACCCCAGCUAAGUCCCUUACCCUUGUUCUGCCUCAGUUUCCUUGUCUGUAAAAUGGGGCUAGCAAUAGCACCCACCUCCUGGUGUUGUUGGGAGGAUCACAGAAGAAAUAUUUAUAAACCUAAAAGCACGAUUGCAGACAGGGAAACUGAGGCUCAGAGACCCAGGGGCCCAGCGGUGGCAGGUACAAAAAUCAGGAUCUGAACCCAGGUCAUCUUACUCCCUAUCCAGAGUCCUCCUUCCAUGGACCCGUCCCUGCCCCUCCUGUCAGCAUACAGACACACUCACACUCACACACAC